CCGCCGCUUGUUGGUGUAUACUGUCGAAAGUGCUGUUGGAGAACUGGGACCAUUCAUUCGCCAGGGCAGCUGGGAUUAUGAAGAUGGCGUGCCUUUUAGAAGCUCCUAUACGAAUGAGUGUUCUGUCGGAAGUUACAGCAAGUAGUCGCCAUUAUGUUGACAGACUUUUUGAUGCUGAUCCACAGAAAGUGCUACAGGGUGUCAUAGAUAUGAAAAAUGCAGUGAUUGGAAAUAACAAGCAGAAGACUAAUCUGAUUGUUUUGGGAGCAGUUCCACGAUUGCUUUAUUUACUUCAGCAGGAGACUUCUAGCAUAGAACUGAAAACAGAAUGUGCUGUUGUGCUAGGGAGUCUAGCGAUGGGAACAGAAAACAAUGUCAAAUCAUUAUUAGACUGCCACAUUAUUCCUGCCUUGUUGCAAGGUUUACUGUCUACAGACUUGAAGUUCAUUGAAGCAUGCCUCAGAUGUCUUCGUACCAUUUUUACUAGCCAAGUCACUCCAGUUGAACUACUGUACACUGAUGCUUCAGUGAUCCCACACCUUAUGUUACUAUUGAGUAAAUCACGAUAUACCCAAGAAUAUAUUUGUCAGAUAUUUUCCCAUUGUUGCAAGGCGCCAAAUCAUCAAACAAUUUUAUUUAACCAUGGUGCUGUUCAGCAUAUUGCUCAUCUUCUGAAAUCAACACCCUACAAGGUUCAAAUGCAAGCACUAAAAUGCUUUUCAGUUUUAGCAUAUGAAAACCCACAAGUUUCCAUGACCCUUGUAAAUGUGUUGGUUGAUGGAGAACUUCUACCUCAAGUUUUUGUAAAAAUGAUGCAACGAGACAAGCCUAUUGAAAUGCAGCUAACAGCAGCCAAAUGUUUGACAUACAUGUGCAGAGCCGAAGCUAUCAGGACUGAUGAUAACUGCAUUGUUUUAAAGGUAAGUGAAACAUUCACAAGGAUCUAA